AUGGUGCAGCAAGAAAGUCUCCGCUUCUGUACAACGAAGCCGAGAGUCUUCGUGCUCACCGACAUCUCGAACGAGCCGGACGAUGCUGAAUCGCUGGUAAGAUAUCUGCUUUACAAUAACGAACUUGAAACCGAAGGAUUAGUCGCGUGUACCUCAACCUGGAUGCGGAAGAAGGUCGAUCCCGUGGCUAUCCUUCAGAUUCUGCAAGCUUAUGGCGAAGUCGUGGAUAGCUUGAACUGCCAUGUUCAUCCCAAGAACCAGUAUCCCAGUGCCGACCACUUAUCGAGUCUUGUCCGAUCAGGGCCUGUAAUGUAUGGCAAAGCUGCGUUGGAAGACGGCGUGCCACUGAGCGGAGGUACGGAGCUCUUGGUGGAACGCCUUGCAGAUGCUGUCGAUGAUCGCCCGCUUUGGGUGCUAUGCUGGGGCGGGACCAAUUGCUUAGCUCAAGCGCUCCAGCAUAUCCAUCGUACCAACGAUGCUGAGGAUGCUGCUGCGAUACGUAGCAGGCUUCGUGUUUAUGCCAUUUCGGACCAGGAUGACACCGGCUACUGGAUCAGACUGAUGUGGCCAGAUAUUUUCUACAUCUGUUCGGUUCAUCAUGCAGCGUGGACCGGCAUUUCCGCUCAAGUCGAUGGAGGCGGUCCCGAUCCGACAAAGGUUAGAAAGGAGUGGCUCAAAGAGCACAUCCAGAUAGGGCCCUUUGGCAAGGUCUACCCCGACUUCAAGUUCAUCGUAGAAGGUGACACACCAACCUUCUUGUACUUGUUACAGAAUGGACUUGGCUCCCCUGAACAUCCGCACUUCGGCAGUUGGGGCGGUCGCUAUAAUGCUAUUGAUUUGUCGCUGGCUGGGAAGCACUAUUCUGAUGCCACCGACACUGUCCUCGGGAAGGAUGGUAAAUGGCAUACGAGCAGUCAAGCUACGAUAUGGCGUUGGCGAGAUGCUUAUCAGAAUGACUUCGCUGCUCGCAUGCAGUGGACUCUUACGAACGACCGCGCGAAAGCCAAUCACGCACCGAUAGCGAGCAUUGACGGCAGUACCGGGCCUGAUCCACUGUACAUGAGAGUUCCAGCUGGUAGCCAGAUCAUCCUUGAUGCCUCCCUAAGCCGCGAUCCGCAUGAGAAGUCGCUGAACUUCAAGUGGUUUGUGUACAAGGAGGUUUCGAGUGCCUCAGGUCUGGUUACGGCGCAAAUUCCGAACAUCAACGUUGAGCCCUGCGACUGGACCAAUGUUGGUAAAAUGGUCAAAGUGCAGAUGCCUCCACCGGAAAAGUGUGCAAUUGACCUACUGAGCGGCGUGCCGCAAGAACUCGGACAAUGCUUUCAUCUGAUUCUGGAAGUGAGCAAUAAAGGUCUGCCUCCACUUGUCUCGUACAAACGAGUGAUUUUGCAGGCAACGAAUGAACAUCUGCGAGGCGGUAGAGACCACGCUGUUGACAGCGUUACUGAAUGGCUCGAACUUGGUUUAUAG